AAGUGCAUGUGUUCAGUGUGUGCUUCUCCUUCUGGGAGCAGUAAUACUGUGGCCUGUAGUUGGGCAGGGCAUGCUGUGAAGGUAGGUGUGGCAGAGGUUGUUCCAGGAUCAGUCCGUGAAACACGCCGGACCGACAAAGACAGGAAUUGCUGGGGUAAGGAACCAUGCAUGUGUAAACACAGGUAUGUGCAGGGCUGUUUGUAUCGGUGUAGGUGUGUGGGUGUACCUGUGUGUAAGAAUCAGAGAGACACAGUUAAGUUAGUGCUGUGUGUGCAUAAAGCAAAACUGUUCAAGGAAUGGUGAAGAACAGGAAUUAAUGCUGUGUCUCCUUACCCAGCACCUGAGUUGGGCUGUUGUGAACUUGGGUUCAGGAAGGCAGGGAUAGAGUUAGUGUUCAUGUGUGGACUGAAAUGUGUGGCGCAGUGUCCGAAAUGUGCUGAGGGUUGGGAUUCUCUUCCUUUUGGACUUAGUCUGUUGCUCAGGAUGAUUUCCUUUAAAAAAGGGAAACCGUGAGGGGAGAGGGGCUGAUUAUGCAAAGAGCAGCAGACUCACUUUACAUGAUGUCACAUGUAGCAGUGCUGUGGGUUCAAGCAGCUGCCUGGUGCUGCUGCCAUUUGGAGAGCAGUGCACAGAUACACAAGUGGCAGUUGCUUGCCUCUGUGUGCUUGGAGGUGAGGGACUCCUGUUUUAUCUUGAGCAGAGUACCACUGCCUUCUCUCGAACCUCUGACUACUGGUGUCACAUGUUAGUUGCUAGAGGGUUAAGAUGAGGUGUUUCAAGCAUACAAGUGUGCUCGGUGCCACAACUUGAGCCUUUGUGCAGCACAUGCUUUGAGAUCAGGGUUGGUCCUGGGUCAUGUGAGAGCUCUGUCUGGCUUUGGUCAGCGAUCAUGGCGGGCAGGUUUUUCAUGUGAGACUGCCCCUGCUGUGAGUGAGCGUCCACGAGAAGGAUGCCUGUCCAAGAGUGCAGAGUCUGCCCAGCAGCACUUGUGCCUGGAGCUCUCCACCAUUUCAUGAGUGUAGCUGGUGGCCCUGGAGGAGCCCUACAUGUGCACAAACCUGUGAGCUGAGAGGAGUGGGAGGGCUUUAGGUAGCUCUGGCACCCACUUUGAAACCGCCUCCUGCGCUGCCUGGCCUUCCCGGGCAGGAGCUCUUGCUGGCAGGGGGUGUAGGUGAAGAUGCAGGAGCCUGAACUUAUUGCAAAAACACUGCGAGCUGUUCUUCAUGCUUUUAAAAAUGGCCUACCUUUGUCAGAGCUUCAAGGUGAAUACAAAUCUCUGACUGGCGAGUGGAUUCCCUUCAGGCACCUAGGACAUGGCACACUGGAAAGCUACUUGGAGAGCAUCCCAGGAGUGGUCAGAAUGGAAGGGAACAAAAUGGGAGAGGUUGUUUGCCAUGCUGUUUCUUGCAGCGAGACUGUGCCAAUUGCUCAGUUGGUGGCCCGGCAGAGAAGUUCCAAGCGGAAAAUGGGACGGCAAGUGAACUGCCAAAUGAGGCUAAAGAACACAUCUCCAGUCACUUUGGCAGGAAAGCCCAAAGGAACUUUGCGACAGCCCAGGCCUCUGAGCAUGCCAGAAGAAGGCAGCAAGAGGCCUGUUCCUCGCCCUCCACGAGGCAGAGGAGUGGCGUGUGGAGUGGUGAAACCCACCAUGGAGAGUGCUCGGUCUGCCUUGCUGCCAGCCGCUGGGAGUGGACCGUCUAAAGAAAUUCCCAUGCAGAGGCACGUCACUGUGGUAAACAGGUCUGAGAAGAGACUAACUGUCCCACCACGGUUUCAAAAGGAGUUGCAAGUUCACCUGUCCCGAAGCUCUUCCAUAGAUUCAAAUGAUAACUUGAAUACAUCCACUGCAGAGACACAUAGUGUUGCCUCUGGCCCUUCUGAUGCUCAUGUCAAUGAAGUUCAAAGUCGCAUUAAGGAGAUUCUGAGCAAGUGCAGCAGUGGUGUCUGGGUGUCAAAGAUGCCACAGAUCUACCGGGAAAUGUACUGGGAAGAGCUCGGCACAACAGUGCUCUGUCAGCUUGAGAACUGGCCUCAUGUGUGCACAGUGGAGAAAGUACACAGGGGUGAUCAGAUGGAUGGGCUUCUUUAUCCUGCUAAGAAAAUACCACCGAUAGCAAAAAGUGAUACAGAGCAAGAAAAAACAUCUCAGAAUGUUACUUCUUCAAAAACAGACCCUUUGUUAAAAACAAAUAAGGAGACCACACCUACAUCACUUACUAGUGACUUCAAGCAGAAAGUUGUUAACAUCUUGCUGAAGUAUUCCAGUGGUCUUUGGGCUAAUGCGCUUCCUAAAUUGUAUCAAGACACUUACCAAGUAAAAUUUCCAGAAGACAUUCUAAAUCAUCUAGAGUUGCUCUCAGAUGUAUGUGUAGUGGACUAUGUAUCUGAAGCUCCCAGAAAGGCCAUCCUUUAUGCUAAACCCCAAAGACGCACUGAUGAAAAUCUCAAUGUCACUGAGAAAGUCCAGAGGCAUGAUGGUGUGAAGGCCACAGCUGAACAACAGUAUGAAGAAUCCAAGGACCAGUAUCCAGAGAACAUAACUGUUCCUCCUCUAAUCAUUCCAUCAGAAGGAUCUGUGUCCGUCAUGGUGUUAGAACUGAAAAACACUAAUGAGGUCCUAAUUAGGUAUGUAGGCAAAGAUUAUUCUUCUGCCCAAGAACAAAUGGAAGAUGACAUGAAAGCAUACUACAGUCAGAACAGUACAGUGUCCCUAGCUCAGUCUCUGAGCGUUGAGCAACUUGUUGCAGUACAUGCUGAAGAAGAUGCCUGGUUGCGUGCUCGGAUAAUUUCUCUAGAAGACAACAGAAUAAAGGUAUGCUAUGUUGAUCAUGGCUUCAGUGAGUUUGUUGAAAGCAACAGUGUGUACAAACUACAGAAACAGUUUCAUUCACUUCCGUUUCAAGCUGCAAAAUGUAAACUGGCAGGACUGGAAGUCUUCUGUGAUGAUCCUGUCCUAGUAAAGGCUGUGGAAUCACAGACAUGCUCCAAGAUAUUUGCUGUGGAAAUAUUGGAAAAGAGUGAUAUUCCUCUUCUUGUUCUCUAUGACACUUCUGGAGAAGAUGAUAUCAACAUCAAUGCUACCUGUCUGAAGGCAUUGUAUGACAAGUCCCUUGAACUGCACUUACAGGCAGAUGCACUAUAUACAAAUGUCAGAGUAACCAGUGUUUUCUCUGAUGGAAGCCUGUAUUGCCAAGUGCCAUCUAAAGGCUUGUCAAGACUUUCGGAAAUCUUGCAGAAACUAGAAGACUACUUCCAUUACAAGCAGACACCUGAGUUUAACGUAUCACUGCCUUUCUGUGGCAAAAUCUGCUUGUUUCCUUCCAAAGGAAAAUGGGCACGUGUAGAGAUAAGAAUUAUUCACACUAGACGGGCACUUGAUGUGCAGUUCUUGGAUACUGGAACAGUUGCAACUGUAAAAGUAUCAGAGCUUAGAGAAAUCCCACCACAAUUCCUGAGAGAAGUAAUUGCAAUACCUCCUCAGGCUAUAAAAUGCUGCCUAGCAGAUCUGCCUCCUAACACAGGCAUGUGGACGCCAGAUGCUGUACUGUGGCUGAGAGACACUGUAAUGAACUGUCCUGAAUUUAGCAUGAAGGUGGUUAAACAGGAUGCUUCAAAGGCAAUUGCACACGUUUACUUGUUUGCUCCAGAGAAUUUCCCAGACAUGGAUCAUAGCAUCAAUCAAAAGAUCAAAAAUGCAGACUUGUGGAAGCAUCAGAAAGAUGUUUUUUUGAGCGUUACACCCAGUGGGACUACCUCCACAAAAGUGACAAGUGAUGCUGUUUCAGCUCUACGGUUAACUAGUGGAAGGCUAGAGAAGAGUUUCUCUGAUUCAUCCAGAGAACUUAGCAGUGCAGUGUCUACCACUGAUAUGCCUCCACCUCUACCCUUGUCAAAGACUGGUGAGCUCAUGGACGUCUAUGUCUCGGUCGCCUGCCAUCCAGGUCACUUUAUUCUCCAGCCUUGGAAAGAGCUACAUAAUCUGGAAGCCCUAAUGGAGGAAAUGAUCUUGUACUACAGCAGGGCAGAAGAGAAACCUGUGAACAUUGAAAAAAACAAGCUGUAUGCAGCUAAAAUUGAAAAUCAGUGGUACAGGGUCAUAAUAAAAGGAAUUCUUAGAAAUGGGUUUUUGUCAGUAUAUGAGCUUGACUAUGGUAAACAUGAAUUUGUCAGCAUAGAGAAAGUACAGCCACUCAUGGAUACAUUCAGAAAACUACCUUUCCAAGCUAUAACAGCUCAGCUUGCAGGAGUGAAAAGCCAGCAGUGGUCAGAAGAGGCAUCAAUAGUGUUUCGGAAUCUUGUAGAGAAGAAACCCUUGGUGGCACGGAUAGAGGCAGUUACUGAAAGCACUUACUCUUGGGAUCGAAAAAUAGUGACUUUUCUCGUGGACACAUCUCUUCCGGAUACUGAUAUAUGGAUUCAUGAUUUUGUCUCUCAAAGUCUUGUGGAAUUUUCAAAGGAUGGUUAAUCACCACUUCUUAAAUGUAGCAGCUCGGAUUUCUUAGCAAUAAAAUAAGUUAACAGGCUUUGAAGAGAAACAUAACUACUAUAUGGCCUUGGAGACAUAAAGGUGAUAAAAUUAAAAAAUCUGUGUUCUGUGAAAAGGGUUUGUUUAACAAGUUUGGAUUCUGUUGAUUUCAGUGACUUUCUGAAAAUCUGCACUUUGUUUACCAUUGUAAUGCUAGAAUAUUUGGGUGAAAAUAUUAAAAAAGCCAUUUAUCAAUAAAACAAUGUUUACUUUU